AUGACCGAUAAGAUUGCACAGACGGCGGCCCAGCACAUGACAGCGACAGGGGUCGAAGAGCGGGCACAGCAAAUCGGCACCAAGCAGAUUUCGGCAGCUCGAUUGCGGUCACCAGGAUGUGGGAUCUCGUCAUUCGCGGGCACCGUCGGGGUGGCGCUCGAGCGGCAAAACGGGCAGGUGAGCGAGAGGCAGCAGAGGGCUGCCGACGACGGCUUGGAAGGGACCCGCGAUGAGCCUCACGUCAUUAUUGGUCGCGAUGAGGAGGCGAUGGCGAGCUCGCUGGAGGAGUCGGCCGACUGGGUUGUCCGUCAGGCGUCGGCUGGUCUACCGGCUGGGCGUUAUUUCGACUGA